GGCUUGAUUGGCGGGGCUGCUAGCCAGUUAGUGCAGUUGCACGACAGGCAAGCCGCUCCUUCGGAGAAGCGCUUUUCGUUUGCCUUUCCUGCCUGCAAAGAAGAUGUUUGACGUCACGUCCCAGAUGAAGCUCUGAUGCGUGAGAAACGUCCAUAUAUAUAAUUUGUGACCCAGCGACUCUGAAGAUGGCUUCGUUAAAGCUGCUGCCACAGGAUCCAGAAGAUGAAAGCACCCAGAGGUGCCGACUGGGGCCUGCUGCUUUCUCUGCCCUGGGCGCCACGCUGGGCUCCCCGGUUAGGAUCACCCUACCCGCCGGCAGCUGUCUGUGUACUGCCUGGCCUAGGCAUGAUCUGGCUGAUGGCUACUUGCAGGUUGAUCUGAAAUGCAGAACUCGGGGUUUAAAGGAGAGCCAGCUCCAAAAUCUCACUGUGACCAUGGACCACUUAAAGCUGCUGCCCUGUUGCAAGCUAAAAAGAGUGACUGUUAAAGUUGUCUUUAAAAACCGUGCCUUGAAAAAAUCCAUUCCUCAAGCCAUGCAGCAGGAAGUGGUCAAAGAGCUACUGAGAAAGGCCUGCAUUGCCCAUCAACACGUUGUUACCUUCAGCCCAAUAGUGGCCAAUCCAGUGGCAUGCGUUGAAAUAUUGUCCACGGAGCCUGCCACUACAGAAGAAGCUGGCUUGAUUACCCUCCAAACCAACGUAAUCAUUAAAGAGGCAGUCACACUAGACUGGCAUAACCGUUUAAUAGAGGAUGGUGCAAAACUCCUGGUGGCCGGAAUGGACGAUGCCAGCAACUCCUUAAAAGAGUUGAUUGACUUGCCGUUACGCUUUCCAAAAACCUUCCAGAAGCUUGGCCUUUCUGUUCCCAGAGGAGUGCUUUUGGUUGGGCCUCCGGGAGUGGGUAAAACCCUUCUGGUGAAAGCAGUCACCAGGGAAGUAGGUGCCUGCCUGCUUUGCAUCAACGGUCCUGUUAUCUAUGGUUCGAGGCCUGGCGAAAGUGAGGAAAACUUGCGACAAGUGUUUGAACAAGCGAGAGAAUCGUCUAGUGAGGGCCCAACAGUUCUCUUUAUCGAUGAGAUUGAUUCAUUGUGCCCGAAGCGGGGCAGUUCGAGUAACACCCCAGAAAAUCGACUGGUGGCUCAGUUAUUAACUCUUAUAGAUGGCAUUGGUGAAGCACAGGAAAUGGUGAUUGUCGCAGCAACAAACAGGCCCGAUGCCCUAGACCCUGCCCUGAGAAGGCCAGGUAGAAUUGACCGUGAGGUUAUCAUUGGGACCCCAACCAUUAAGCAAAGGUGGUCUAUUCUGCAGUUGAUUACUGCUAGCAUGCCUGUGUCAAACGAUGUUAAUUUGCUUGAACUGGCAGAAAUAACAACCGGCUUUGUUGGAGCUGACCUUACAGCGCUCUGCAGAGAGGCUGCGAUGCUGGCUGUCUUUCGUACCUCUUCAGAUUCAGUUAAAACCGUUUGUAUGUCAGACUUCUACCAAGCAUUGAAAAAGAUCCAGCCGUCCUCUGUUCGAGGCGGAGUCGGGCUGACAGACUUCAAACCUGUCACCUGGGAUCAGAUUGGAGGUCUGGAAGACGUGAAGCUAAAGUUAAAACAGAGCAUUGAAUGGCCCAUAAAAUUCCCAGAGGCUUUUGUUAGAAUGGGGCUCGCUCGUCCAAAGGGCAUCCUUUUAUACGGGCCAUCAGGUUGUGCCAAAACUACACUUGUAAAGGCAGCAGCCACAAGCUGCCACUGUUCCUUUCUGUCUGUCAGCAGUGCUGACCUCUUCUCACCUUAUGUUGGAGACUCAGAGAAGAUUUUGUCUCAGGUAUUUCGUCAAGCAAGGACCAAUACUCCAGCAAUAGUAUUCCUGGAUGAAAUUGAUUCUAUCCUGGGAUCUCGGUCAGUUGGUAAAACUGGGCAUGGUGUCCAGGAACGAGUUCUAUCUGUGCUCCUUAAUGAAUUGGAUGGCAUUGGACUGAAGUUAACUGAAAGACGAGGAAAUAAAGCAGAACUGGAAAAUGACAGUAGAGAACAAACAGAAAAUGAUAAAAAGUUGGAAUUUCAGGAAGUUUUUAACAAAGAUGUUGUUGUCGUCGCUGCGACAAACAGACCAGACAUGUUGGAUGAUGCUUUGUUGCGGCCUGGACGGUUAGAUAAGAUCAUCUAUGUUCCACCUCCUGAUCAGAAGGGGAGGCUUUCUGUUUUGAAAAUCUGCACAGAAAAAAUUCCACUAGAUCCUGAUGUAUCCCUAGAGGAUAUAGCAGCUCAUGCUGAUCUGUUCUCUGGAGCUGAUAUUGAGAAUCUUUGUAAGGAGGCUGCUUUGCUGGCGCUGCAAGAGAACAGAGUUGAAGCAAUACCUGUCAAGCACAAACAUUUUGAGAAAUCAUUGGAGAUUGUAAAACCGUCAAUAACCAGCAAGGAGCUGGAAUGUUAUGAAAAAAUGUUCAGAAAUCAAGAGUGAUCCUUGUGAAAAGUAAGAGAGGGGAAACUGUCGUGCACAUUGGCAUAACCAACUCUUGGUCAAGAAUUCAAGAAAUCUGCAAAGAGUAGAGAGACGGUGCGGUUAUUUAUUUAUCUGUUGUAUACAUUUCUACAUCACCUCUCCAAAAGUGUUCAAGAUAGCUAAUAUGCAUCCCAGGGAUUCUCUUAGGACUCUAGUGGAACUUGGAUCCCGUGCGAUGAGGAGAGGUUUCUUGGUGGCAUCACAGAUGGGCGCCAGUCAGGCUGCCAGGACCAAUUUCCUCUUUGUUUGGCACUAGAGAGAAGAUUAUACAUAUUACUAAAAGGCUGUAAGCGUACUUUCACAGUGGUCCCGUGGUGGUGUUUAUUGUACAUGUCUACUGAAUGUCUAUUCACCCUAUAUUUUUAGUUACAAUACUGCAGUUAUAGAGCUGACAAUAGGGAAGUCAACCCUUGACUUAACCCUGAGUGUUGCCCAGGAUCUGAAGUGAUUAUACAAGUGCUGUCAAACCACUCAGGACCACAGUGCUAUUAAAUUCAACAUACUUCAAAAUGAAAAAUUGCUCCCAAGAGUCUAUGACAGUCAAAUUUCUCUCUUGUUUUUAACACAAAACAAUUUAAUUUUCUCAUAAUAAAGUAAAAUGUGUUUGAAACAGAAUACAGCUGAUUUCUAUCAUAAUAUUCAAUAAAAGGUGUCCAGUUUGUAAUAAA